AUGGACCAGGAGAACAAGGAGAGCAAGGUCACCUCUACCGCCAAGUCCAUGGCCAACCCCGAGAAGCGCAAGUUUGACGCCAACAACGAGACCGAUGUCAAGGCCCUGCUCUUCCUUGACAAUGCGCUGGACGUCGAUGAGGAUGACGACCGUCUCCAGUAUCUUGAACCCAAGGGGUGCUCUUGCCAACAGGCCCGGCUGAAGAUCAGGAACUGGCUCGAAGCAGGUGCCAUGGAAGUGGGCGAGUUCCAGCUGGCCAUUGGCGGCUGCGACGCGGAUUGUGCCGCGGCCCGGUUCUUCCGCAAGCGUGAACUGCAGGGUUUGUCCAUAACGCUGCCCAAGUCUGCAAAGAAGGCAAAGACAGGGACGGACGCCAAGUCCCCCAAGGCGAAGGAGCAAGAGCUGCUGGAUGUGAGCGCCGUCAUCUUGCCCGGGGAGAAGGACAUGUCCGAGCCCGUGUUCGACAUGCCCAAAGAAGCGAGAAAGAGGAUCCGUGGCCUGCAAUGCAAGGGCAUCUCGCAAGCCGCCAUUGCACGAGCUCUCACCUCCGCUUUGCCGGCGGACUCGUACGUUUUAUUUGAGAAGAAACGACUCAAGGAAGGGAAACCGAAGAGCAAGACCCGGGAGGAGAUGGAAGAUGUCCACGGUCCCACGGGAGUGGACAUUGGGAACAACUCAAAGGGCACCUACUGGGUGAUUACCUCCGAAUCAGAGCCAUACAAUGAUCCGUACGGCAAGUUGCGUACCUACCAGCGGCGUUAG